AUGUCACGACCUCCACCACAGCCAAUUUUCGUGCAUCGUGGCUUGGAAGGUGGAGCGACUUCAUGUGCAGUUGUCAGUACAUCAAAUGGUUCUGGCAUUUUGGUUGGCACUGGCAAAGGCCGAUGUGAAUUAUAUGAUUCCGACACGCACGUUCAUAUCCGGACUGUAUACGGACUGAAUGAUACUUUUAUGUAUGCUGUACGAAAUCAUGCUGUCAUAAUACUUGGCGCUGAUGGUGUUCCCUGUGUGACAUUGCCUACUUCUCAUUGUGGUUACUGUAGGACGAUUGCUAUUGGUGAAUGGCUCAACGAACAGCAUUACAUGAGAUUCUGGUCGAGAUCGCUCGAAGUGCGAAAGAGACGACGUCACCUUAAAAGCUCUUCCUCUUUCAAUCACUUCUGCCGAAGAUUCGAUUUGUGGCGAGAACGAAGCAAGGCAACUUUGCCAAGAGGAUUUUUCAUGAGAGUAUCACUGUUCUCUGAGCCCAUCUUCUGCGUAGCAUCGUCGUCGUCCUCGGUGGCAUGUGGAUCAUCGAAGCCGCCUAUCGUACUCCUUCCUGUCAACGACAUUAAUGGCGAUCGCAGGAAAGUCAGCUAUCCACCAUGUUCACGUGGUGUUGGAAGUAUGGCGUUUUCUACGUCUGGAAAGACGUUGAUCGCCGGUUUCUGGGAUGGAUCGAUACGGGCCUUUUCUGUACAGAAGCUGACUAUUCUACUCUACCUCGACCUGCAUACGGAAACGAUCUCCCAGAUGGUAUGGAGCAAAGUGAAUGGCGAGGAUCGAUUAAUCGUCGGGUCUAUGGAUGAA